CGCUAACGAGCAGCCCUCGGCGCGUCUGUAAACAAUGGAUCAACACUCCUCCACCCUCGCUACAUCAUUCAUACUCCGCCAUGCCGACCGCUACAAACCCACCUUCGCGAUCGCCCUCACCGGCGCCUGCGCCGCCUAUCGCUGAGACCCCUGGCCCCCGCGCCCAAGGCCUAAUCAACGUCUUCAACCAAGCCUCUAAGGCCACGCUCGACAAGUGCUCGUCGAAGAACUUUGCAUCCUGCUUCCCUACCGCUGCGCAGUAUGCGCCUGAAACUCUCGAAGGAUUGCGCAGCCAGAUCGUAGACCAGCUGGACCGCACAUGGAAGGUCAACUUCGAAGAGAUUCUAAAGAAAAGGGACGUUGUAAAACUGGUCAACGAGCUAGAGCAGUGCAUUGAGGAUGCGAAACUGAGGAAAAAGCGCGCGGAAGCGAACGCAGAUGGGGGACCAGUCGAGGUUCCUGUACCACCGCAUACCCUCACGCCGUCCGAAAUCCAUUUGGCGCACCUCAUGCCGUUCCUCGAGAAGCAGGCGAUAGAAAUGAACACCAAGCUCGCCGAGACCCAGACAGCGAACACGGAGCUGCUGGCGACUGUGACCGCACAGCGCGCAGAAAUCGAGGCGCUUGUCAGAGGCUUGGAAAGCGUCGUCAGCGACCUGGAAGCCAGUGCGCAAUUGAUGGCGCAGGAUGAUGUCCAGAACUUGAGUACCGAGAUUAGAGAUGCCGAGAUGGGGAUGAGGACCUGAGCCGUAGACAACGAGCACCGGGCGCAUGACUUGCUAUAGCACAUAAGAUCAGGCCGCCUGUCGCAGAAGGCUCUGGAUCACUGGACCUGUUGAAUCCAUAUCGACAGGCCAGACGCCGUGGUCGAGGAGAGCAAAGCG